AGCCCCGAGUGUGACCCAGUCCUUACCCGUGUCACAAACAGAGCUUAAAGACCCAAGGAAGUGGCCCCAAGACACACCCUAUGGUGACACUCUGGGACACUCGCAGCACUGAACCCACGAGGCUAGGUCACCUCGUACUGUCUGUCUGUGUAAAUACGUGUGCACUCUGAGGUCCCCACAGCUCGGAAACGGCCCAACAAUGCAUUCUGGGAAGUGUAAGGCAAUGUGUGACCCUGUGUCACAACUGAACCCAGGCCUAGAACAAAGGCACAGCUGUGCACGUGACAACUACGGCUGCCAGUUGUGUGCAGAGCCCAACUGUCCAACUGUCAACUGAUCAGAACUCCCAAUACCCCACCCCCAGCCCGACCAAAUCCAGCAUAAAUGCCAGGUCUACCUGCGCGGACCUCCAGACGGGUGGUGAAAUUCCGCCGCACAGGAGAGAGCGCACGGUCAGAGGACGACGCGGCUUCCGGGGAACAUGAUGUUCAGAUUGAGGGGGUCCGAGUGGGCCUAGAAGCUGUCGAGCUGGAUGAUGGAGCAGCUGUCCCCAAGGAGUUUGCCAAUCCCACUGAUGACACUUUCAUGGUCGAAGAUGCGGUGGAAGCCAUUGGGUUCGGAAGAUUCCAGUGGAAGCUCUCUGUUCUCACCGGCUUGGCUUGGAUGGCGGACGCCAUGGAGAUGAUGAUUCUGAGCAUCCUGGCGCCUCAGCUGCACUGUGAGUGGCGACUCCCCAGCUGGCAGGUGGCGCUGCUGACUUCGGUGGUCUUCAUUGGUAUGAUGUCCAGUUCUACGCUCUGGGGAAACAUCUCGGAUCAGUAUGGCAGGAAAACAGGGCUGAAGAUCAGUGUGUUCUGGACCCUGUACUACGGCAUCCUCAGCGCUUUCGCGCCAGUGUAUAGCUGGAUCCUGGUGCUCCGAGGCCUCGUGGGCUUUGGGAUUGGAGGGGUGCCUCAGUCGGUGACCCUGUACGCCGAGUUCCUCCCCAUGAAGGCCAGAGCCAAGUGCAUUUUGCUGAUUGAGGUUUUCUGGGCCAUCGGGACCGUGUUCGAGGUGCUUCUGGCUGUGUUUGUGAUGCCCAGCCUGGGCUGGCGCUGGCUGCUGCUGCUGUCGGCCGCUCCACUACUUGUCUUUGCUGUUCUGUGUUUCUGGCUGCCAGAGAGUGCUAGGUACGAUGUGCUGUCUGGGAACCAGGAAAAGGCGAUUGCUACCUUAAAGCGGAUCGCAACAGAAAAUGGAGCCCCCAUGCCUCUGGGGAAGCUCAUCAUCUCCAGACAGGAAGACCGAGGCAAAAUGAGGGACCUUUUCACACCCCACUUUCGUUGGACAACUCUGCUGCUGUGGUUUAUAUGGUUCUCCAAUGCCUUCUCUUAUUACGGCUUGGUUCUGCUCACCACAGAACUCUUCCAGGCCGGAGAUGUUUGCAGCAUCUCCAGCCGGAAGAAGGCGGUGGAAGCCAAAUGCAGCCUGGCUUGUGAGUACCUCAGCAAAGAGGAUUACAUGGACCUGCUGUGGACCACCCUGUCUGAGUUCCCAGGUGUCCUUGUGACUCUGUGGGUCAUCGACCGCCUGGGCCGCAAGAAGACCAUGGCUCUGUGUUUCGUCAUCUUUUCCCUCUGCAGCCUCCUGCUGUUCAUCUGCAUUGGAAGAAAUGUGCUAACCCUCUUACUGUUCAUUGCAAGAGCGUUUAUUUCUGGAGGCUUCCAAGCAGCCUACGUUUACACGCCUGAGGUGUAUCCAACGGCGACGAGGGCGCUGGGCCUGGGCACCUGCAGCGGCAUGGCGAGAGUGGGCGCGCUCAUCACUCCAUUCAUAGCUCAGGUGAUGCUGGAAUCUUCCGUGUACCUGACCCUGGCCGUCUACAGUGGCUGCUGCCUCCUUGCUGCCUUGGCCUCCUGCUUUCUGCCCAUCGAGACCAAAGGCCGAGCACUGCAGGAGUCCAGCCACCGGGAGUGGGGCCAGGAGAUGGUUGGCCGAGGGACAAACAGCACAGGCGUCCCCAGGUCGAACUCUGGCUCUCAGGAGUAGUGACCCCUGGGAGUUGAGCUGGUCUUUGAGGCCGGAGCCUAGAAAGCUGGCAGAGCCCAGCUGGGCCACUAACGGUCACUGCCGACAUCAAGAACUUUCCCCGAGUGGGCGAAGUGAACCGACAGGGUUUUGUGUCUUCACUGUGUUUGGCCUAUGUUCAUCGAGGGUUGCCCGCCCCAGGAAGAUGGGGCUGCAUUCACUCCAGGGGGUUCUCCGUGGUGGGGGAAGGUUUGUACGUCGCCGUGGAUCUGCAUGGGGGAAGCUGCUAGUGUGGGAGGGUCCCAGGGCGCUCAGGGCCAGCUGAGCAGAUGUCACGUGGUUACCCAGUCAUACCCUUGGAGAGCCACUGUCCAAAGAUCUCCAUAGAUACAGUCUCAGCCCAGACCCCUGUGACACCCGCCAUUUUGUCCAGUAAGUUUCUCCUGCACCCUGGCCCCAGGAUGUCUUUGGAAUUAAGACAAGCUAAUUAGUGUCCGACUAGAGCAGCUUUUCUGGAGCCUGAGACACCCCCCUCCCCGUUGCUUCCUUGGUUGGGCCCCUCUAGAUGUCUCUUCAGGGCCUGCCGGGUAGAAACUGACUGAAGAAUGUGCUUGUGAAUUUGAGCCAAGCAUCAUCCCCCAUUGACCCCUUCUGGAGCCUCUGUCUCUGGCUGCAGAGGGUCCUGUUAUAUUUCUGGGGAGAGCUAGGUACCCACCAGGCGACAGACCCAGAAAAUUGUUAACCCAUUCCCUGUCUUGGAAAUCGGAGAGUGAGGCCUAGCAGAGGGGAGACUAAGGGCCAAAACCAAAGCCAGAGUCACCCCUGAAGCAGUUAGGGCCUUUCUGGGCCCUCUCUCUUACCCUCCCACCCCCACUCAGCCCCACUACAUAGCGAGUCCCGGUUUCCUCAGGCUUCCAGACUCGUCUGUGUGUAGGUGGCGGCAUGAGCUUAGGGAUCUCCAUGGCAAAGCACCAAGUGCCGGCCCAUUAAGUCUUGGGACGGAGAACCUGUUGCCCCUUCCGGCUCUGCCUCUGCUUUCUCUCCUGCUCCUCUGUCAAGGGCAGGGCUGGUCCUACAGAGGCGGGUCCCGGGAGGAUGUCCCGGCUCGAGGAUCAGGAAAGCCCAUCUCAGAGGGAGACAGGAGGCUGUUGUCUUGGCCUCAGGAGGAAGGUAGGUCUGAAGGCAGUCCACGUGUACUCCCGGAUUCCGGAACGCACGAGCCGCCCCUCUGAGAUUCAGGAAAGAAGCACGCAGGGGGAGGAAGGAGAUGGCCAGGCCCCAAUCAAAGGCCAGAGGAAACUGGCCGCUUUGCUUGAUGGACACCUCGCAAGGGAGCCAAAUGUGCGUUGUGCGCUCAUCUCUUAUUAAAACGUUGGUGACGGACA